GCGACGUCGCGAUGGGUAACGAAAAGAUUACUGAAGCGUCGCGAUAGUUGCGACGCGAGAGGGCCACGGCGCACGAACAACACGCGAGCCUCAGCCAGUGGCAGCCAACCGUUGUAUAAUAACAAUUUGACAUGAAUUCGGCGAGCAAGGUCGGUGAAAUUUUCACUGCCGCCGGAGCGGCUUUCAACAAACUUGGAGAGCUAACGAUGCAGCUGCAUCCAACGACAGAUUCACCAGCUGGUAAAUGGACUGACGAGGAAAUUGAGAUGCUCCGUCACUCGGUUAAAACCUUCAGCGAAGAUUUGAACAAAAUAAGCGAGCACAUCAAGGGGAGAACGGUGUCGCAGAUACGCACCACCUUGAAGAAAAAGGCAUUCGAGGAAGCAGGUGUCCCGAUCAGACAGCAACAGGCUCAACAGCAAUCGAUGCAGCAAAGCAGUGUUGCGCAACAGCAACAAGUGCAAGUUCAGAAGCAGCAACAGACAACCGCAAAUCAAGGGUUGAUGGGAAAAUCAGCAGAAGUAACUCUAAAUAUGCUGAACGCUCCAGAAUCGGAAGUGGACGUUGAGGGCUUGCCAGAGGAGUGUCAGGUUAAGUUGGAAUUUGAGGGAGCAACAGAAGAAGUGGCAUCGUAAUCCUAAGUAUUUUAUACUCUUACUUAUAUUUUUAAUUAUAAGUCAAAUCCACAUUGUUUACUGUAAGUUUACGGACAUGGAUCCAGUAAGUUGUCAUUUUCAAAAUAAACCUUAAGAAUCGUUCUUUAAC